UGGUGGGCGGGUUACGCAAGAUCUCAAUGCAAAGUUCGUGUACGGUAGCGCAGAGCAUUAGAGCGUAUUAAAACCACCGCUAGUAGUUGGUAAGUUGUCAUUUCAUCGCGUACUGCACUCCAUAGAAGGGUCCCAGGAACAACAACGCCUCAACAGCUCAUUAUAUCCAUUUCAGAUUUUGUAAACUAAAUUUCACACCCGAAGCAAAAUAACAAUGCAGAACACGAAAGGCGGUGUCACUCUGUCCAGUCAGGGCAUGAACGGGCAGCUCUUCCCUCCCCCAGGCCAACCGGGUAUGAGCAGCGGACCGCCACCGAUGGUCGACUGGGUGAUCGCACCGGACGAGAGUGUCCCCGGCCCCGUAGCCAGGCCACCGAGCACGGCGGGCGAGAACUUGCCGCAGUUCGGAGCUCGGAUCAUGGAGACCGUGAACGCUGGCUUUAUCGCUCUGUCGAUCGCAGUGGGAAAGGAGACGGGUUUGUUCCGUGUGCUGGCUGGUUUUGAAGGGCAGCCGAAAACAUCACAAGAAAUCGCUGAUGAAGCUGGUUUAAAAGAAAGGUACGUGCGUGAGUGGCUCGGGGCGAUGACUACGGGGCGGAUAGUCAACAUGGACGCUACGGGGAAACGAUUCUAUCUCCCGCCUCAUCGCGCCAUCUUCUUGACUACCCCGGGCCUUGGCUAUGAGCUCACCAUCCUCGCUGCGGCUCUGCCGAUGCAGGGGAAGGUCUUCAACCAUAUCAUCGAGAGUUUUAAGCUGGACGGGCCCAAAGGCGUUUCGUACGAUCACUUUGGUGACUUUCAUCAUUUUAUGAAUGAAUGUUCACUGGUAUGGUGGGAACGGCAUCUUGUGCAGACAUUCAUCCCGUCAAUCCCGGGUCUCAAAGACAUGUUAGAGUCGGGGAUCUCGGUGCUAGACCUUGGGUGCGGCGAGGGAGGAGCAAGCCUCCUCAUGGGACAGGAGUUCCCAAAUAGCUCAAUCCUUGGCGUGGAUAUCUGCAACCAUGCCACACAGGCUGCGCAGAAGGGUAUCGCCAAACACAGCCUCACCAACGUCAAAUUCCUUCAGAUGGACGCCCACGAUAUUCCGGAUGACUGGGAGGGGAGGUUCAAGUACAUCCUAGCGUGGGAUUCCAUCCACGACAUGGCGCAUCCGAACAAGAUCCUGGAACGCGUCCGGAAAGUCCUUGCUCCGGGUGGGAUCAUGUCCGUCAUGGAGGUCAACGCCAGGUCCGAGAUUAAGGACAACAUGGACAUGCCGUUCGCGUCUACGUUCUACACCAAUAGCAUGUUCCACUGCAUGACGGUUCAGCUCAACGCUGGUGGCGAGGGCCUCGGGAACAUGUGGGGCAGGGAACGGGCAGAGGAGACCCUACGAGAUGGUGGGUUCAACGUGGAGACAUUUCCAUCACCCUUUGAAGGGUCAUUUAACUGUCACUUUCUCUGUAAACUUAAAGAAUGAAGGCCGAAUUCAGUCAAGUUGGGGUGUAUGCAAUAUUUGAAGUUGCUGGCGCCAUUUUAUGUUAUUCACAACAGCGUGAGUCGGUACACUACAACAGGAUAGUAAGUCCUUGUACAGAAUAUUAACAUUAUUUUGGUGUGUAGGAAUGGAUUUUGACGAUAAGGCAUUGUUCUUGUUCAAGAGGAGAAUGCAUAUGUAGUGCCUAUAAAUUCUGUCUAGCCCUUUAGACUUUUACCACAGGACAUCCCAAAUUUUACGAGAACAAGAACAGAGACAAGUUAAGUUUGAACAAAGGAUAGAUUUCUUGUCUUUGUGAGGAAAACUUGCAACUCGAGAAAACCCACAGAGGCCCUUCUCGAAACGACGGCUUCGGCUUUGGAUUCGGCUUCAGGGUGUCUUGGCCCCAUGAUUGUUUUGACAAUACUGCGCGUGCUGUGCGUAUAGGCGCUCAGGGCUUCAGACAAGAGGACGGAGCCUGAGGCCGAAUCCAAAUCCGAAACCGUGGAUUCGAAAAGGGUCAUAGUAAGAUUGUCUUCGCUGAGGUUUUAACCCAUCCGCGUCUAAACUAAAUAGACGAGUAAGCAAGACUGAACAACACUUUAUUUUCCCGCGUUUUUAAGGAAAAGUAUGCCCUUCUCUCCCUCCCCCUUUUUACUUUUGCACUAUUGUUUUCUUAUGUUUCAAAAGUUUGUAAAUGUUUCUCUUAUUUAUACGAAUGAAUAUAAUUAUAUUGUGUGUAUAGACUCGAUCUUGUAAAGAAAGGUUGUGCCACCGAACUGUUUUUGUUCUUACGAUUAUGGUCAUGUAAAAUAUUUGCUAGCAUCGAUUAUAAAACCUUCGAGGAAAAGACUCACAAACACAGACGUGUGUGUGUUUCUUUUCAUUAAUUUACCUCAUGCUCGUAACUUUUUGAGUGGCCGUUUAUUUCUUGGGGAAAAAAAAUGCUAAAAAUUCAGCUGUAACAUAGAUAAAGUUUAUUUUAUAAGCUACCUCUUCGAACCUUAAUAAUUAAUAGCAGUUUCGAAAAAUUUUGUUUGGGUCAGGCAGUUAAUUUGUAUUAAUAUCGGUUUGCCGAUUUUAGGGCAGCUUUGUUUGUGAUUUCUAAACGCGCAUUUUUUUGCUUACUUGUUGGUUCAACUGAAGAUAAGAUUUUAACAUGUCCCACGUACGUCAUUACCCAAUACAGUUGGGAGGUUUAGCUGCACGUAUGCGAGCAAAACGUGAAUGAAACGUCAACAAAAAAUUGCUGUAAAAAUCUCACGUUUUAAGCAUACGUGAAAUUACCAUUUCUCACGUCGGGUACGUAUGUGCAGGCGUCAUACGUGAGAAUGAAAUAAGCCAAAAGUGGUGACGUCGUAGAAAUGACACCAUUUUUUGAAGUCCACGUUCACGUUUUUUUCUCGCGUAACGUGCAGCUAAACCUCGCUAAUGUGCAUAGCUAAAUUGCUGUGAAUGUAUGUGGCACAUUAAAAGUGGUACCAAUCUCGUUGAUGAACAUUUAAAAUGUGUGUAGAUGUUUUGGGUUAUUCCAACCAUAUUAUUUAGGCUGGCAAAAGGUCAAUUUAGUAGGCAGUGAUUUGCCUUGCAACCUCAAGCCAGUUCUGGAAAAUCAUUAACUAAACACUGUUUACAGAAAUUUUUCAUCAUUAGAAUGAACCUUUUGUUAUAAUCAAUUUAAACACAAAUAUUAACGUAAGCAUCCCAAUUAAAGUCGGAGACGUCAUACGCUGCUAUGGUC